AGCCGUGCUUCUACUUAAGCUUCUGCAUCAUGUUUGCCUUUGUUUGCAAAGGACCAUCGAUGUUCACGAGGUAUUCGGUUGGACUGAUAGUUCUAUAGUUUUAGCUUGGCUUAAAACUUCACCUCAUACUCUUCAAGUAUUUGAGGCUAAUCGAGUUUCACAGAUACAAAAUUCUACAGUGCCAAUCACGUGGCGACAUAUUCCGGGCGAAUUGAACCCUGCCGACUGUGCUUCACGGGGCCUAACAGCUUCGGGUCUGGUAUCUCAUCCAUUGUGGUGGGGUCCGCGAUGGCUAACUUAUUCGGAAUCGGUUUGGCCUGCAUCAAAGGCUAAUCAGGUAUCACCUGCGGAUUUACCUGGGAUUCGGUGUUCGGUUGCUACAAAUUCAGAACCACUCCCAGAUUUCGGUUUCCUCGUGGAGCGUUAUAGCUCCUUAGAUCGGCUUAUUUCGGUUACCGCGUGGAUUCGGAGAUUCAUUUUUAAUUGCCGUCGGAAUAAUAAUCGGAAUACUACGCCUUAUUUAACAACACAGGAUAGGAAGCACGCGUUGCUAAUGUGGAUCUCUCUUGUGCAGAGGGAUAGUUUCGGUGCAGAGAUUGAGAAAGUUCGGAAAGGCCAAACCUUGAAGGGGCAUUUGAAACGUCUCAACCCCUUCAUUGACUCGGACGGACUCCUUCGUGUUGGAGGACGCCUUCAACAUUCGGACUUACCUUAUGAAGCCAGACAUCCAUUGUUGCUUCCUAAAUCGGGACAUUUUAUUGAUCUGUUAAUUUCGGAUUCGCAUUUGAAAAAUUCACAUGUAGGCCCAAACGCUCUUUUAGCCAUAUUACAACGGGACUAUUGGAUUCUCUCGGCCAGAAGAGCGGUAAGAAAAAUCACAUUCAAAUGCAUUUCGUGCUACAAAUUAAAGGGACUCACAACCCAACCCUUGAUGGGAGAUCUGCCUAAAGACCGCGUUUUAGCGGCUAGACCCUUUCAAGGCGUGGGAACCGACUUCGCAGGUCCAUUUUAUGUAAAGUCUCAUAAGUUGCGGAAUCCAGGGGUCACCAAGGCCUAUUUGUGCGUAUUUGUAUGCCUGGCCACUAAGUCCGUCCAUUUAGAAUUAGUUUCGGAUUUGUCUUCGGAGGCCUUUAUCGCCUGUCUCUCUCGCAUGACCUCGCGACGCGGUUUUCCAGCGAUCAUUAGGUCAGAUUGUGGGUCAAAUUAUAAGAGCAGUGACAGAUAUUUAAAGGAAGUUUUCCAAUUUUUGGAACAAAAUCAAUCACAAAUCGGUCAUGAUUUAGCUCGGCGCGGUAUAACCUGGAUCUUCGAUCCUCCCGCGUGCCCGUCGUGGGGCGGUUUAUUUGAGGCGGCCGUAAAGUCGGCCAAGACGCAUUUAAAACGUACUAUUGGGGAAACAACUUUGACCUUCGAGGAACUUAGUACGGUUUUCUGCAAAAUCGAAGCAGUCUUGAACUCACGGCCUUUGUGCCCUCUGUCUUCGGACCCAAAUGACCUAGAGGUUCUGACCCCAGGUCAUUUUCUUAUCGGACAACCGCUAACAGCGCUUCCAGAGUACCCCUUUCAGGAUGAAAAGACGUAUAAAUUAUCUCGCUUUCAGUUGCUACAGCAACUAUCUCAAAGAAUUUGGCAUCGGUGGCAUUUGGAAUAUCUUCACACCCUACAACAGCGAUUGAAGUGGACUGACCCAGCUGUCCCACCUAAAGUUGGGGAUUUAGUUUUACUAAAAGAGGACAAUGCGCCACCUCUUCAAUGGCGCCGCGGUCGGAUAGUAGCGUUGUAUCCUGGGAAGGACGGCGUGGUCAGGCUCGCAGAUGUACGGGUAGCGAAGGGUACAGUUUUGCAACGGGCAAUCUCCAAAUUGUCUCGUUUGCCCUUAGAUUAGCUUUGAUUAGGUUUAUUUUCGAUUUGGUUUAGGCUUAAAUAGUUGUUAGUUUUUAUUAGGUUUUCGGAAGCAGUUGAAGACUGCUUGGGCGGGGGAAUGUUUGGUAAUUACUAUUUAAGCGGCAACUCCAGCUGUCGUUUGCCGUCUGACAGGUGACAGUG